AAAGACCAUAGGUGUAGAAAAUACUUUAACAUACAUACAAAAUAUCGAAAUUCGAAAAAAUGUCAAGCGCGAAAGGUACAGAUAAAGUUCUCGACAAACUUAAAGUUUCCGUUGAGGAAGGAAAUUAUUAUGAAGCCCACCAAAUGUAUCGUACUGUCUGUAGACGGUACAUCAAACAAAGGAAGUAUAUGAGUGCCAUUGAUCUUUUAUAUUCCGGUGCAGAAACCUUGCUUAAGCAUAAACAAACUGGUAGUGGUAUUGAUUUAUCGUUGUACUUGAUUGACGCGUACAAUGAAGAACAAAUGUCUGUUACGGAAGAAUCGAGAGCUCGGAUAAUACAGUUACUGGAACUUUUCCCGCACAAUGAACCUGGUCGAAAAAGAUUUAUUGACGUGGCAAUCAGUUGGACAGUAAAAUUUGGUGAAAAUCCUGCCGGAGAUCCUGAAUUGCAUCAUUUUGUUGGUGAAUUAUUUUGGAAAGAUAAAAUGUAUCAUGAAGCUGAACCACAUUUCCUUGCUGGUAAUGCAGAAAGUAGUAAAUCGUAUGGGAAAAUGUUGGCCGAAUGGUCAGGAAAAGAUCAUCCAUCCAAGAGAGGGGCCUAUAUAGCCCGUGCAGUGUUACAAUAUUUGUGUCUUAGAAGCAUUCGUGAAGCAAAAACUUCAUUCGAUACUUUUAUCGCGGAAAUUGAUUCUAGUAUAAAAUCAGGGACUGCACAAUAUCAGCCAACAUUAACUGGGGAUAAAAUUGAAGUGGCAAUUUACAGUUUAUCUUUAUUAAACUUUUUGCAAUUAUUGAUAUUAACUGUUCAAAGAGAUGCCGCAGAUCUCUUUAUCAACCUAAGAAACAAGUAUAAAAAUGAUUUAUCAAUUGAACCUUCUUUCGAUGAAUUGUUAAAUAAAAUUGGAGAAAUAUUCUUCAAUUUAAGAACACAACGACCACAACAAUUCAAUUUGAUCCAAGAUCUAAUGAAUUCUUUAUUUACUCCACAAAGUGCUGGAUCAUCAUCCGGUGGAUCUAAUUCUAGAAUUAAUUCUCAAAGUGAAUUAGAUUGAUAUUUUUAAUUAAAAAUAUUACUAUUUAUAAAAUUUUUUCACGGUUUAAAGCUAAAUUAUAUGUAUGUAUGAGUGUUCCCUUUUUUGUUAAUAAAUAAUGAACAUGUUAGAGCUAAAUAUUAAUGUAUGGUAGAAAAAGAACUUAUUUAUAAUUAUUC